AUGGAACCAGGGAAUCUUACAGGAGCGUCAGAAUUCAUUCUCCUGGGUUUUUCAGAGGAACCAGAACUGCAGCCCCUCAUAUUUGGGCUUUUGGUAUCCUGGAUCACAAGUGCCCUGCAUUCCUUAUUAGAAAGCUUAAUGGUGUUGCGACUAACUUUCUGUACAGACUUGGAAAUCCCCCACUUUUUCUGUGAACUCAAUCAGAUGGUCCAACUCGCCUGUUCUGACACCUUUCUUAAUACCAUGGUGAUAUAUUUUGUAGCUGUGCUCCUGGGCGGUGGUCCCCUAGCUGGGAUACUUUACUCAUAUUCUAAAAUAGUGUCCUCCAUACGUGCAAUCCCAUCGGCUCAGGGGAAGUAUAAGGCAUUUUCUAACUGUGCGUCUCACCUCUCAGUUGUCUCCUUAUUUUAUUGUACCAGCCUAGGAGUGUACCUCAGCUCUGCUGCUACCCAUAGCUCACACUCAAGUGCAGCAGCCUCAGUGAUGUACAGCGUGGUCACACCCAUGCUGAACCCCUUCAUCUACAGUCUCAGGAACAAAGACAUAAAAGGGGCCCUGAAACGAUUCUUUGGGAUGGCAGCCAUAAAAAAACAGCUGUGCUGA